CUCUCUCUCUCUCUCUCUAGAUUCAGUUGGAAUGUUGAGAUUAAGGGGGGGUUUGGAUGCAUCAGCAAUAGGGAGUAAUUUGUGCUUGAUCCAGUUGUUUCUGGUUUUGAUUGGUUCCUGUUAUUAUUCAUAGUAAUUGGAUUGGAUUGGAUUGGAAUGGAUUGGUAUCAAGAUGCUUGAUUUGUAGGGAUAAUAAAGAAAAAAUUAGCCUUUUUCUUUGAUUUUUGAAUCAUUCUUUUGGGAUCAAAGUUGCCAGUUUUGUGACAUCGCAUGAGGUUUCAGGGCUCGACCAUUACGCGAAUCAUGAGCUUGGCAUGUCUUGUAUGCCAUGGCAUGGAAAGCCCAUCACAUUCAUUCAGAAGCUAUUCAGUCUCGAGCUCAGAGGAGGAAGGCCGGUGCGGUGCGGUCGUCAGCUGCCUGACCCGGAAAGUACCCGUGCCGGGCGGAAACACUAAUCCGAAUGGGAUCGGGACAUCGAAAGUCAGCCCCUUCCCCGUUAUGUCGAGCGGACAAGGCAUAACCGGAGCGCCUCGCCUUGAACGGAGCCGAGCCGUCACGAGGGACCUCGUCAGAGACUGGAACUUUGAUGAAAUUCUUCUGGGGAGGUAGAAAUGCUUAAAAAUUUCAGGGUUUUUGAAACUUUGUGGUCUUAUUGAGCAAGAGAGUUUGCUAUUGUGCAUGUAUAUUUUUGUGUUGUGGUAAAAAAAAAAAAAAAACUUGAUUAAAUGGUGCUGUACCAGUAGUUGUAUUGAAUCCUUGAGUAAUAUGUCAUUAGUUCAAAAUAGCAUUAAGAAACUCACUUUUUAUCUUAUGGUAA